UGGAAGGAGGGAGUAGUACGUGUAUGAAGUAAAGUCAAAUGUAAAAAGUCCUUUUUUCCCAACAAUAAUAUUGCAUGCGUGCUAUUUAAGGAAUGGAAGGAGUCCCCGGUUGGCCCUUGCAAUUCAAAGAAACUGCUCUGGAAUUUUUUUUUCCUAAAAAUUCCUAACACAUCAGUUGCCGAAAUUAGUUGUUUAAUUAAUGGCAUAUGAUCUGAGGAAGAGAACGGAACCGCCUUACGUUACGCAAUCGCCCAUGUACGCCCGGCCGGCAACCACUGCUCCUCCGAUGUACGGUCAACCCUCCAGCAACCUUUACCCUCGGGUCGGUCAACACUCUGGCGGCAUCCGUAAUCCCCUGUUUCAUUCCACCUCUUCAUCAUCGUCCACUACGGGAAUCGGCAUCAAAGUUGAAAUAAAACCAGGAUAUCGGAUUUUGCCUCCGCCACCGCUGGUCCCGCACAUAGGAGACAUUCCUCGAAGCACAUUUCAUUUUGAUUUUGACCUUGAGAGGAAGAUUUUAGCAGAAGCAGAGAAGGAAAGCCAAAACUGGAGCAGAUUAGGUCUGGAGAAUCUUCCAUCCAGAGCAUCAGACCAAGAUUCUAUGGAAUCCUCUGGAGAUCCUGUUAUAAACAAAUACAUUGCUUUGGGUCUCAACGGAGAGGCUGUGCCUCUUGCAGUUGCAAAUUAUGGAGACAAUCCAACCAAGGUAAAGGAAUUUUCUGAUGGGUAUACUCGCUUGAAAGAAAUGGGAUUCGCAUCAAAUAGUGUUGCAGAUGCCUUGCUAAUGAAUGACAAUGACACAGACAAGGCAGUCCCACAUUUGCUAAACAAUUCAUCUUACUAAUGCUGAGAUGUGAUGUUAUUAUAAACCACAGAAAUAAUGCUAUUGUAAAUAUGUUGUAAUUGUUUUGACAAUGCUUUAUUCAAACUUUGUGCAGUUAUAGACCGUGUUCUGAUAUCCUGGUUUGUAGUAAAUAAACUUUGGAUAUACUCAAUUUGAUUUUUAAAUAGGUAGUUAAAAAAUUGCUUGAGUA